AUGGAAUGGGAGCAACAAGAAGGUGAAGAAACUUUAAUUUAUGAUGGCGGAAACAAAGCAAAAUUGUUUGUUGUCGAUUAUGGGGAACAUAUGUUUGUGGAGGGAGAAUGGCGUUUUCGUUUAGCUUUAAAAGCAGUUCGUGAUCAAAUAAAUAAAAUUUGUUGUAUGGGGGAUUUAAGCGAAUUAUGUUCAGUUAUUUUUGUGAAUACAAGCAAUUCGAACAAUACACACAAAAUUGACUGUAUUUUUACCGAUAAAGAAUUGGGGGUAACUGAUGCUGAAUAUGUUAAAAAACUUGAUGAGAUUAUUAAAUGUAAUAAUUUAAAAGAAUUUCUUUUACCAAAAUUGGGUGAUUCUGGUAUGAGUAAUUGGGCAGAACUUUUCUUUUUGUGUCAAAGUAUGCUUACACAUUCUGGUAAAAUUUUGCGAAAGAAAGUAAUUACAAUAGUUACUACAGACAAGGAACAAAUUGAUGAAGAAAUUCAACAAAGUUGUAAAAAACGAAUUUGUUUGGAUAUAAAAUUUAUUGGGACAGAAAUUAAAGUUUUGUUAAUUGAAAAUAAAAUUGAAGAAAAUGAAGCUACACAAUUUUGGAAACAAUUAGAUCCAACAUUUUCUCGUUUUUCAAGUUUUGAAGAAAUUAGUAAACAUUUUUUCUUUUUCAAAAAUUAUUCAUUACGUUCAACUACUUCACUACCUUUUGAUCUUGGGGAUGGUUUAAAAUUAGCUGUUGGAUUAUAUCAUUUAAUCAAGCCCCAAGGAAAACCUGCAGCAAUUCUUAUGGAUUCUGAAACAAAUGAAAGAGUAGAAUGCAGAACCCAUUAUUUACCAAAAGAGGAUUUAGAAGGAAAUUCAACAAUGAACGGGGAAGAAGAAAAUAAUGGAGAAAUACAAGAAUAUUUAAAUAAUGAAAAUUUUGAAGGAGAAAUUAAUUUUUCUAAAAAUGUUGGGGGUGUUAAUGUUGUUUUGGAUAGAGAAGAAUUGGAAAAAUUGAGACGUUUUGACCGGCCUGGGAUAACAGUUAUUGGAUUUAAACCUUUACAUUUAUUAAAGCCUUCACAUAGAAUGAGCCCAGCAAAGUUUAUUUACCCUCUCGAUGAUUUAGUUUCUGGAAGUUCUGUUCUCUACAGAGUAUUAUUAAAACAAUGUUUGGAAAGAAAUCUUUUUAUACUAGUUAGAUAUACACAAAAGCCAAAUACAACACCUCAAAUUUGUGCUUUAGUUCCUCAAUCAAUGGGAGAGGGAAAUGAAGGAAAUAAUUCUCUUAGCGAACAUUUAUAUGAAGGAUUUCAUUUACUCGAAUUACCGUUCACUGAAGAAGCUAGAGAUUUGAGAGCUUUUGAUCGUUACAAACCUCCACCAAUUCCAGCUAGUGUUAUCUGUUCUUCUGAAAAUAUUAAAGAACAACAAAUUUUGGCGGCAGAAGAAUUUGUUGAUAAAUUAACGACUCGUUUUGAGCCCGAUCAAUUUUUUAAUCCAAUGUUACAAAGGCAUUACAAAACUGUUGAAAGUGUUGCUUUGGAUUUGGAUGUCGAAAAUUUUGCUGAAGAGGCAGAGAAAUUGGACAAAAUACGUAAGUGUUUUGUUUAA